ACGUCCGCGCUCGUGAAAUAAGACGAGAGCCGACUGGCACUGCAGCAUUACUGUCUAUCCUACCGUUACCGAAGUCACAUCGAGAAGCCCAUACAGCAUCAUCAUGAGCGACGCAGUAGCAGAGACGUCAUCGGCUGCACCAGCGGCAGCCGCGCCUAAGAAAGCCCCCGCUGCCAAGAAGACCGCAGCUGCCAAGAAACCAGCGAAGCCCAGGACUCAUCCUCCAGCGGCCGAGAUGGUCCUGGCUGCCAUCACCGCUUUGAAGGACAAGAAGGGAUCGUCCCUUCAGGCCAUAAAGAAGUACAUCGCCGCCACCUACAAGUGCGACAUCGACAAGCAGUCGACCUUCAUCAAGAAGUUCCUCAAGUCCGCUGUCGAGAAGAAGACCAUAGUGCAGACCAAAGGCUCCGGUGCUGCUGGCAGCUUCAAACUUGCCGGCAAAGCCGAGGGUGAGAAAAAGGUCGUCAAAAAGCCCGUCGCUAAGAAGCCAGCGGCGAAGAAACCGGCCGGCGAGAAGAAGGCCGCUGUCAAGAAGCCAGCUGCCAAGAAGCCAGCUGGUGAGAAGAAAGCAGCGAAGAAACCAGCCGCAGCAGCCAAGAAGACCAAAGCCGCUGCGAAACCCAAAGCUGCCAAACCCGCCAAGACCGCCAAAUCUCCGGCGAAGGCCAAGAAGACCGGGAAAGCUCCGGCUGCCGGCAAGCCCAAGGCACCCAAGCCCAAGAAGACCGCGGCAACCAAGGCUGCCAAACCCAAGGCCGCAGCGAAAAAAUAAAUUUACAAAACCGGCCUUUUUCAAGGCCCAUCGCACAUAUUGAU